AUGUUUGAAGUGUUCAGGUACAGAAAGCUGGACAGUGGAGUAAAGCUUGAAGAUGUAGUCGAAGGUGAAGGGCCGGAAGCUCGGGAAGGCAAUCUAGUGCAGUUCAACUAUGUGUGCCGCCGUGCAAAUGGUUAUUUCGUGCAUAGCACGGUGAAUCAGUUCAGCGGCGAGAGUAAGCCGGUGACACUUCGACUCGACGUGCAAGAGAUGAUUCGAGGCCUCAAAGACGUCAUAAUCGGCAUGAAAGCCGGAGGCAAGAGGAGGGCUCUGAUACCCCCUGAAGUAGGCUAUAUCGACGAGAGCUUGCAGCCCGUCCCUGAGGAGUUUGGACCACGCCGGAGCCUGCUGUCGCAUGCCAAGGAACCGCUGGUGUUUGAGGUUCAGCUGCUCAAAGUCCUGUGA